GAUGGAUGGAUGGAUGGACGAAGCAUUUUAUAGGAUCACUCGGUCGGUGGGAAAAGCAAGGAAAAGAAGGAAAAAGAGGAACAGCGAACGGGAAUGGAUGAUAUAUGGAUGAGUAGAAGGAUGGAUGGGAUGUGUGUGGUUCUACCUUUUUUUACCCCCCUUUUUUUUUUCCCUCUUCCUUCGCCCUCGGCCGUUUCCAUGCAUCCACAUUCUCAUUCCCUACCUAACCUCAUUUAUCAACCACCAUCGAUCACAACCACCACCGCGACCCCACAUUUUUCUCUUUUCUUUUCUUUUCUUUUUCCCUUCCCAUGGACCUCAGAAGCAUAUGUCAUCUUUUUAUUUUUCCCUGUAUCGAAGCAGCAGCUAUAUCGCAAACUGGAAGUGAGCGAGCGUGAAAGGAGAUUGACUAAGGAGACCAAGGAGACCAAGGAGACCAAGGAGACUAAGGAGACUAAGGAGACUUAAGGAGCGGAGGGAGAGGGGGACUGAGUGUGUAGGACGACGAUACCUCACGUACAGCCCAAGUAUGUGGUCACGAGUAGUCACAAGUAGUAGUCACAAGUAGUAGUAGUCCCUAAGUAGUCACAGGAGGAUAUACCCCCCAAAUAACAUGGAGAU